AUGCACAUCUACACAGGAGACGUUAUCGGCGGUGAUCUCCCGGGCGAGAUGUACCACCCGGGAGGCCGAGACCGCGAGCCACUGCCGGGGGAGCGAGGGGCUUCUGAAAUCGCCCGUCGUUUGCAGUUUGCCCUCGUUGUCGUCGAAUUUGAUCACGGAGACUGGCGCAAUUGCUUCGAACCAGAUCCCAAUCUCGCCGAUGUCAAGACCCGUUGGAGUGUUGGAUCCAAUCAGAAGCUCUACACACCGCUCUAUGUCGGCUACGGCGCCGGCACUUGGUUCUUUCUUCGCCCUACAGAAGACACCAAGCCGUAUUGGAAGAAGAAGAAGAACACCUGGACCUACUGGUUGAAAGCGAAGAUAGCUAGACCGCAUUUCUCGAUAAUCUGA